UGAUCUGUGAGACCAUUGACUUGCCCAAGUUCUCAGACCAAGGAUGGGCCAAGCCAUGACUGGAACCCAGACCUUUCUGUUGCCAGAGCCCCUGCAUUUUCCUUAAGCCUAAGUAGGAAGAAAUGAAGUCAGGAACAGGACUCCGGGCAUGGAUGCAGGGUGGUGUCCGGGCACAGAGGAAAGGGUACAGCCUGUACACCCGCACCUGGCUCGGGUACCUCUUCUACCGCCAGCAGCUGCGCAGGGCUCGGAAUCGCUACCCCAAAGGCCACUCCAGAACCCAGCCCCGCCUCUUCAAUGGAGUGAAGGUGCUUCCCAUCCCCGUCCUCUCAGACAACUACAGCUACCUCGUCAUCGACACCCAGGCCCGGCUGGCUGUGGCUGUGGACCCUUCAGACCCUCAGGCCGUACAGGCUUCCAUUGAAAAGGAGGGCGUUAACUUGGUUGCCAUUCUCUGCACCCACAAGCACUGGGACCACAGUGGAGGGAACCGGGACCUCAGCCGGCGGCACCAGGACUGUCGGGUGUAUGGGAGCCCUCAGGACGGCAUCCCCUACCUCACCCAUCCCCUGUGUCAUCAAGAUGUGGUUAGUGUGGGACGGCUUCAGAUCCAGGCUCUGGCCACCCCUGGCCACACACAAGGCCAUCUGGUCUACCUGCUGGAUGGGGAGCCCUAUAAGGGUCCCUCCUGCCUCUUCUCAGGGGACCUGCUCUUCCUCUCUGGCUGUGGACGGACCUUUGAGGGCACUGCAGAGACCAUGCUGAGCUCACUGGACACCGUGCUGGGGCUGGGGGACGACACUCUGCUGUGGCCUGGCCACGAGUACGCGGAGGAGAACCUGGGCUUUGCAGGCGUGCUGGAGCCCGAGAACCUGGCCCGGGAGAGGAAGAUGCAGUGGGUGCAGAGGCAGCGGAUGGAACGCAGGAGCACGUGCCCGUCCACCCUGGGAGAGGAGCGCUCCUAUAACCCCUUUCUGAGGACGCACUGCCUGGUGCUGCAGGAGGCUCUGGGGCCAGGCCCAAAUCCCACGGGAGACAAUGGCUACUCCCGGGCCCAGCUCCUGGAGAAGCUCCGCCAGCUGAAGGACCUACACAAAAGCAAGUGACCCCACCGCAGCCCAGCCCAGCCGCGCCCCCCCCCCGUGGUGGGGAAGCCACCCAUCAUGGCCCACAUCACACCUUCCCUCUCACUGCUUCCACCACCACCUCCGUCAGGCCGUCAAGCCGGCACCGCUCCCCGACCCGGGUCGCAGGGAGAGGAGGGACAAGGCGAUGAGACCCUGAGACCGAGAGGAAGGGGGCUGCCAGUUGAUGACAAAGACAUUCCCAGGUCAUUUCUCAUUUGGCCCCUGGCCCCAUCAUGGUGGGAGCAGGGGAUCUGCUCAGCAGAGAGCAGAAGUCAGAAGUCCGGGAGCGGAGAGCUCUCGAAUGAGCGGCAGCUUCCAGGACCCCAAGCCUGGGCCCUUCCCCUCUGUUCAGCCCUCCCUCAGUUCAACUCCUCCUCCGGCCUUGGGUCCAGUCCCUUUGGGGCUGCAGUGAGGGCUCCGAUGGUCCUCAAGCAGGCGUAACUUGGGUCAGCCAGGAGCCUUCUCUUCCUGGGUGGAAGCCUUCCUUCCCUCGGGCUCUGCUCUCCUCUGGGGCGCCUCCGAGAUGUCUCCUGCUCUCAGUUUCUCCUCAUCAUCCUGCCUCUGCCUUCCUCUCCAGCCACAGCCUCUGGAACCAACUUCAGCAAUACCGCCAGAAUAGAGCUCCCCACCCCUCAAAACAUUCAGUUCAUGCCUCUGUGCCUUCGCUCAUGCUGUUUCUUCAGAAUGGAAUGCCUUUGCCCUGCUCCUCCUGCUUUGUCUGCCUGGCAAACACCUAUUCGUCUCUCACAAUCCCGCUCAAAGGCCCCCUCCUCCAGGAAGACCACCCCCAUGCCCCUCCCCCUCCAGGCUACCUCUCCUCUUUGUAAAUGCUUCGGUUAUGGCACUUAUCAUACUGUAUUUUAGUGGUUUACAUGUUUGUCUCCCCUUCUAGACUGUGAACCUUUCAGGGCAUGGACUGUAUCUUAUGCAUCUCUGUAUUUCUGCUCCUAGCACGGUGCCUGGCACACAGUAGGCGCUCAAUAAAUGUUGAAUGAAUGAAUGAUUUAACCGAGGCUUGAUCCCUCAGUGGGCUUGUCUUUAUUGCUUGCUCCGUUUUCCUGUCUGGGUUACAGUUCUUGCUUACUUGGAGUGACUGCUCUUCCAGAGCUUCGGGCAGAAACGGCACUCUAAAUAUACCCUUCCAUGGUUCGUGAGCGUUUGUCCAGGGUUUACACUUUGCCUACCUCGGUGUUUUGCAAAGCUUGAGAUGAACAGGAGUACCGCUGGCCACAGGAGAGAUAGCUUUUCCUGGUCACCGCACAGCAGUGAAUGUGCUUCAGCGGCAAGGCCUUGGUGCGGGCCUCUCUUUAACGCCUUUCUAACUAACAGCCAGACUCCAGGUCGGCAGUCUAGGGCAACUAUCUUGAGUUAAAGUUUAACAACAUCAUUUUGUGUUCAUUGUGUUUAUCUUUGGGGUCAAUAUUUUUGACAAGCCACACCAGUUUUCAAUUCAUGAAAGUGAUUAAAGGUACAGGCAUAUCUCAUUUUACUGUGCUUCGCUUUAUUGUGUUUUGCAGAUAUUACGUC